AUGGAUGGAGGAAAAGGGUGGCCUGGUGGUUCUAGGGUUUUUAUACAAAUGGUGGUGUUAGUAACAAACGAUGGUAUGCCCGCUCCAAGUUACCAUAAUGUUCGUGUGACAUUACUAAAGGAGGUGUUGCAAGAUACUAAUAAGUUUGUGGACUUGUUUCGGCCACAGUGGCAGAAAUACAGAUGUAGCAUUAUGUCCGAUUUUUGGACAGAUGGAAAAGGAAGGGCAUUGAUAAAUUUUUUAGUGAAUUGUCCAACUGGCACGGUAUUUCUUAAGUCAAUUGAUGCAUCAGAGCAUGUGAAGGAUGCUCAAUUAAUUGUGAAGAUGAUUAAUCAAGUGAUUGAAGAUGUUGGCAAGGAAAACAUUGUUCAGUUUCUUACGGAUAACGGCUCAAACUAUAAAGCUGCGGGAAAAAUUUUAGAAGAACAACAUCCAAAGUUGUUUUGGACUCCAUGUGCAGCACAUUGUGUGAACCUUAUGAUACAAGAUCUCGGGGAAAAAAUAAAAAAGAUAAAGGGUGCUUUGACUGAUGCAAGAGCGAUUGUGGUUUACAUUUAUAAUCAUGGAAGAAUUUUGAACAUGAUGCGAAAGUUGACUAAGAAUAAAGAGUUGCACAAGUCAUGUAUAACUAGGUUUGCCACUCAGUACUACACUCUACAGAGUGUACAUGAGAAUCGCCAUCACCUUCAAGUGUUGUUUGUUUCUGAACAAUGGACAAAAAGUGCAUUUGUAAAGAAAGCUAUGGGAAAGAAGGUGGAGAGGAUAGUUGCAAAGCAAGCAUUUUGGGACGAUGUGUAUUUCUGUUGUCAAGUAUUUGCACCUUUGGUAGAUAUGAUUCGUUUGGUUGAUAGGGAAGAUCAACCAUGCAUGGGUUAUUUCUAUGAUGCUAUGAGUCGAGCAAAAAAGCAAAGAAGCAAAAAUCUUAAAGGUGGGCCUAAUGCAAGGAUGGAGAGUACAGUUUUGUUUAUAAUUCAACAAAGAUGGUCUGGCCAACUUCAUUAUCCUUUACAUGCAGCUGGAUGCUUUCUUAAUCCUGCCAUUUUUCAUGGAGAAAAUUCAGAGAUUGAGAAAAAUAAAGAUAUAGAGACGGGACUAUAUGUUGCCAUCGACCGUCUUGUUCCCGAUGAAGAUGAGAAUGAUCUUUUAAGACAACAAUUGAAUAUCUACAUUGAUUCAGAAGGCCAAUUUGGAUCUGUAGCCGCUAAAAGAAGUAGAAUGAAAGUUGCACCAUAUAUUUGGUGGCGUUCUUAUGGGAUCGAUACUCCUUUGCUUCAAAAUUUUGCUAUCAAGUUACACUCCAAGAAAAGGAAUUGUCUUUUACAGCAAAAACUCAAUGACCUUGUGUUUAUCCAAUAUAACACAAGGUUACAAAGGAGAUUUGAAUAUCUAAAAAGCAACAAAACUGAUCCUAUUUUAUUGAGAGAUGUAGAGGAAAAUGAUGAGUGGACGAUACCGACAGAGGCUGAACUUCAAGACUUUGUGGAUGCACGUGAUUGUCUUCUUUGGUCGGAUGUGCGAGAAGCGAUGGGUGGAAAUGUAGACAUCGGGCCUAGUACGAGGAGCAAAAGGGAGCGUUAUAGAGAUGAUGAUGAUGAUAAUGACAAGACUAGAGUUGAAGUGGAAGAUGAUGUGUAUGUGGACCUUGAUGUCGAAGUGAAUGCAUUAGACGAUGUUGACUCGGAAGCUGAACCAGUGGAUUGCGAUUGA